GACGCCCCCGUCACGUUUCCGCUUUUUUGUUUUACCUUGAGUACAAGCACGCCCACGACAGAGUAGAGCCUACGCCCUUACGAAGCGGCGUAAUAUACGACACCUAAAGCGUCGUUCUCAUUACUCCCACGGCAAUAGAUCGGUACCGCCGAGGAGACGUUACCGCGGCCUACACCUUUCGUCCGAAAUCACCGUCGAGAGUGUCGGGAAGCCAUCUUCCGUGCGAACCGCGUGGUCCUGCCAAACUUCUUGGCGCCCGUCUAUAAUCAUGGAGGACAACGUCAAGCACAUCCUCGAGCAAGCCGACGUUACCGGUGGUCUCCACUACAAAAACCCGCCGGUUCCAUAUGCCUGUCCUCUACCCGUCAGCCUUACCGUCGGGUCCCAAAUCUACAUACAAGGAUUGGUACCUGAGGUAUCCGUACGGUUUUCCGUUAACCUUCAGAGAGGAACUGGGGAGGCAGAUCCCGUACAGCUCCAUAUUAACCCGCGCUUUGAACCGGAGGGACCGGUUGUUGUCCGCAACAGCCGCGAGGGCAAAUCGUGGGGUCGUGAGGAACGUGAGGGCACAUCGCCUUUCGCCAAAGGACGACCCUUUCUACUCGUCAUCACUGCCACCACCCCGGGCUAUGAACUGGCGGUUAAUGGGCUUCCUUUCGCGACGUUCGAUUAUCGACAAGGACUGGCUCUUGCCGAUAUCACUCACCUCUGCAUACACGGGGACGUCAUCCUCCGUUCUGUGCACAUACCUGUUCCGGAGAUGCCAAAGUGCGUACGCUGCCCUCUACCAGAACCGGCUAAGAUUGGAGACGUUUUCACACUUAGAGGGCAGAUAUCGCCGUGGGCCGAGAAAUUUGUUCUGAACCUGGCCACGGGCCCGGGCACGGAGGACGACCUGGCACUGCACCUGAACCCGCGCUUCGGCGAGGGCGCCCUGAUACGCAACUGCCGUCGCGGCGGCAAGUGGGGCGACGAGGAGCGAGAGGGCGACUUCCCCCUGGCGCCGGGACGCGCCUUCGAGCUGCGCGUGGACGCCCUCGAAGACGCCUUCCGCGUCACCGUGGACGGCAACACGCUGUGCGACUUCGGACACCGCAUGCCACUCAAGAAGGUCAAGUACCUGGUCGCCGAGGGAGACCUGGUCGUCGACGACGUGCGCGUAGAGUCGGACGAUGUGGAGAAACUGCGAGAACUGGCGGACAACUGGUCGUUGUACAUGCCCCCGGAGCCACCCCAGCAAGUCCUGCAAGUGGGUGACGUGGUGCCGGAGCUGAUGUCAGAGGCCAUGACUUACUACGAGCCAAAACUGCAAAUGGACUCACCAGCGAAGCCGCUGUGUCAACGGCUGCCCGAGGUGAUGGCUCCGGGUCGCGUGGUUAUCGUCUCCGGCGUGGUGGAACCGAAACCUUACAGGUUCCACGUGAACCUGCAGACCGACGUGGGUGACACGGCGGACAUGGGACUGCACCUGAACCCGCGUUUCGACACCAAGCCACGAGGAGUGGUGCUCAACUCCAGGGAUCGGGACCAGUGGCAGCAGGAGGUGCAAGUUCCCGGUAACAAGUUCCCCUUCACCGAAGGGUCCCCGUUCGAGAUUCAGAUUCACUGCCAAGAGGACAAGUUCCGGGUGCUGGUCAACGGCACCUUCCUUGCCGACUUUCCGCAUCGCAUCGACUGUUCGCGCAUCGACUAUGUCUGUGUCGACGGCUCGGUCAUCCUCGACCGCAUUGUCUUUGCCUGAGCACAACAAUUGCGCGUACACAAAACGCGACUUUACAAAUCUAUGUUGAAACAUCUUAGGGUUAGAUAAACGCCUUUGAGGACUUGCCGUAUAGCGUAGCAUUACUUAGAAGCGUGGCAGUUUGACUUAGCUGGUAUGACAUGACAAUUUUCAUAGCGCGAGCCCGGAACACCGACAAAGGGACAAGAAGGAGACGAUCGCUCGUCUUCUUUUUGUCCCUUUGUCGUCGUUCCGAGCUAGCGCUAUAAAAAUUGUAGCGUUACGCUACGACGUGCAGUUCUAUCAGACCUAAACGAAUGAACAGCCUGGUUUCGGUAACUGGCUUUAUAUACUGGUCUUCGUCAAAAGUAUGCGGCCUACUUUACUUGAGAGUACCAGUCUUACUGCGUGACUCUUAAGAAAAAAUCUUGCUUUAAGUGCGGCAUUCGCUGUGGCAUUAAGGAGAAUGAAAGGAACUCUAGUUUGGCCCGCAGAUGUUGUGUUUUUUCAUGGCACGAACAAGCGUUGUGUUUCUAUAGAGAUCAACAGCCUUUCCGAAGGACUGAGCUUAAAGCCGCCGGUUUUAAAAUACAACGCACUUCGGCGAUUGCGAGAAGACGGAUGCUAAGUGACCGCAUAAUAGAGUUCGUCGAGCAGGCCUGGUUAUCUCUUCACAUAGAAGGGUUAGGCGGAGAACUAUACAGUUUUCAACGCUCAAUGUAGCAUAUAGGCCCUCAUGCACAGCUCGCUAUAUCCGCCCUGUCAAAUUGCCUGGAAUCGACCAUAGUGUGCCCGCAUAUAUGUUGAGCACUGAAUGCGCAACGAACGUGAUCCCACAAGGAAGAAUAAAAAGAAAGAUAAGCUAUACACACAUGAUGGCAUGAUUGUCACCGUAACCAAACGCAUGGCGUACGGUGGUGCUAACGUUUGUUAAGAGCUGGAAAUCGCUGAAAGGGUCCGGUAAAGGCGUGUUCAGAACGAAUAUUCGCGCAGUCUGGGCAGUAGCUAAAAAGCCCAAGUUGCUAGCUUUAAUUAUGGUUGUGGUACACUUACAAGAAAAAGCACGCAAAUACCCAUAAAUCCAUCUUAAGUGUUACCCUGUCAUAAAUGAUAUAACUCUGCAAUUUUUCAAGGUGUUGUGCGCCCACGUCGCUUUCGUACUGACUGUAACGUCUGCAUUUUCCUGCCAUGUGAUUUGCGCCGUAAACAAGUGCAGAGGUCAAUCAACUUGGCGUCGCAACCAUGCACAUAAUAUAUUAUGUCUUAUUCACAGAUAGCAUGUUAAGCAUAUUUGGUAGUUAAAAAAACAUAGUGUGUGGAGAAAUACGAGAGCUUCGGUGGCCAUUAACUAAUCAGUUGUUUUGCUACCCGCUGCACUGUUUGCAAUGGGAUAGCGGUGUGGGUAGAUGUAGUGACGUAGAUAGCUAUAGCUGAAGUAUGGGUAUAACAUAGCGUUUCGGAAAUGCUUUGUGAAUGCUGCAUUUUUCGUAGCGUACACAUCUGUACUUACAACGUGAUUUUGGUUAAACGUAACCUACACUUCAUGUUUUUCAUUGUCUAUUCACGACAAGGACGUGUUUCAGGUGCAGCCGUCAGGUCGAACUUUACUAACAGUGAUCGCGUUACGUUACGCGUUAUUGUACACGUGAAAUAAACACGCAAGUGCCUUGUGUGUAGAGAUUAACAUAACCUGCGUCAGCUUAUGUGCAUGUAAAGAAAAAAGUGCAAUAAAAUUAUUUUUCGCUCGUUUCGGA